CUGGAUCAACCGCUAUCUGAACAAGAUCGCGAACUGCUUAUACGAAUAGCUGAAGCAGUAGAGAGAUACAAAAGAAAUCCCUUUGAUGAUGUUGAAAAAGACACCAGCGAAGCAUCCACUAUUGCGAAAAAGGGAGGAGAGGAGCAAUCUCAACGUGAAUCUCACAGUGACUCCGACCUGCGCGAGAAGGAAGGUGCUGGUGAUGUGGAGGUCAAGGAAGAAGGAUUCAUUGAAGAGCAUGACGGUAGCGAAAGAAAACUAAAAGAGAAAGAAACACAUCAUGAUGGUGAGAGCUUCUAUGUUUUGUUUUUCUGCUCACUGUCAGUAUAG